CGCGUGUCGUCGGCCUGGCCCUGAUCUCGCUGUCGAUCUUGCUGUCGCUGUCGAUCCUGCUGCUGCUCCUGAUCUCGCUGCUGUUGCUGGGGUCGCGGCUGGGCUUUAUUUUGUCAGCUUUCCGGCAGCCUUCGAUUCAAAAUAGGCUGAACGUCCGACCAAGUGUCCCUCAUCCAACCGAACCGCCAUCAACCAGGACGACUGUCGCUUCGCCUCCAAUGGUCUUCAGCAUCCAAGUCUCCGGAGGGCAGGCGUUCGUCUGGAACCCGACAGACAUCAUGGAGAUGCGAUCCAGAUACCGAAUUGUUGGUGCCCUGCUCGGCACCCUGCCACGCCAGCCAAUGCAAAACGACUUUUUCUCGCUGCCAUUGCUGUUGAUGCCUGAGGAAGUCUCGCUGCUGCUUUCGAAAGGGCUGGCCUUGCUGACGGAUGGCGCAUCGCUGCAUCGACCACCCUCCGAGGACGAAAAACAGCAGCACGACCGCCAGGAAGCCGAGGCGAUACAGAACUACGAGCACGAAAAGAAAAAGGUCGACGCACAACGCCGAUUGCUGAGCAAAGAAAUCGCCUUGCAUCCGUCGGCCUCCAAGGCUGCAGGAGCACCUACCAGUGCCCCAGAUACUGCACCGCCGAUCCACCCCGCAGACAUUCCAACACCAAAGUUCCCUAUCAUCAUCAGAACCACCUCCACAGGGCUGCCCUGGUACGGGCUGCCCCGAGGAGAGCCACAAGCCCAGUCGCCAGAGAAGGCCAGAGCCAGUGGUCUGUGGGUGUGGCCAAGUACUGCAGCAGAGUCGCUGAAACUCAAGGUGUAUGGUGCACUAUGGGAUCAGGGUUACUUCAUCACCUCUGGCUCCAAGUUCGGCGGAGACUACCUCAUGUACCAAGGCGAUCCUCUGCGGUUCCACUCAAGCUUCAUCGUACUUGUGGUACCUCGCGACAAGUUAUUUUCGGCGAUGGACUGCAUCACCUUUGGUCGGCUCGGCACCGUUGUGAAGAAAACCUAUGUGGUCUGCUCGUGGGAUGAAGAGCACGACAAGCUCAUCAGCCAUAGUAUCCGAUGGACUGGAUGGAACUAG